AAGUCCCUUCCAAGCUACGUCCAGAGAAGAGCAGGAGGAGGUGAGAGGUCAGCCAGGGGUCCUUGCAGUGAGAGGGGAGCAGGGGACCCUCCCUCUCAGGUUGUGAAUGUCACUCACAUCCCGGCUGGUGAAGCCUCACUGCAGACAUGCAUCUGCUCCCCGCCCUGGUAGGGGUCCUGGCCACACUCAUCCUUGCCCAGCCCUGUGAGGGCACUGACACAGACUCUCCUGGGGCAGUGGAGACCUCGGUCCUGCGGGACUGCAUAGCAGAGGCCAAGCUGCUGGUGGAUGCUGCCUACAAUUGGACCCAGAAGAGCAUCAAGCAGCGGCUUCGCAGCGGCUCAGCCAGCCCCAUGGACCUCCUGUCCUACUUCAAGCAACCGGUAGCAGCCACCAGGACAGUUGUUCGGGCCGCAGAUUAUAUGCAUGUGGCCUUGGGGCUGCUUGAAGAGAAGUUACAACCCCAGCGGUUCGGACCCUUCAAUGUCACUGAUGUGCUAACAGAACCACAGCUGUGGCUGCUGUCCCAGGCCAGUGGCUGUGCUCUCCAGGACCAGGCCGAGCGCUGCAGCAACAAGUACCGCACCAUCACUGGACGAUGCAACAACAAGAGGAGACCCUGGCUAGGGGCCUCCAACCAGGCUCUGGCUCGCUGGCUGCCGGCCGAGUAUGAGGAUGGGCUGUCGCUCCCCUUUGGCUGGACCCCCGGCAGGAGGCGCAAUGGCUUCCUCCUCCCUCUUGUCCGGGCUGUCUCCAACCAGAUUGUGCGCUUCCCCAGCGAGAGACUGACCUCCGACCGUGGCCGGGCCCUCAUGUUCAUGCAGUGGGGCCAGUUCAUUGACCACGACCUGGACUUCUCCCCGGAGUCCCCGGCCAGAGUGGCCUUCACUGAGGGCGUUGACUGUGAGAAGACCUGUGCCCAGCUGCCCCCCUGCUUUCCCAUCAAGAUACCACCCAAUGACCCCCGCAUCAAGAACCAGCGUGACUGCAUCCCCUUCUUCCGCUCGGCACCCUCAUGCCCCCAAAACAAAAACAGAGUCCGCAACCAGAUCAACGCGCUCACCUCCUUCGUGGACGCCAGCAUGGUGUAUGGCAGCGAGGUCUCCCUCUCGCUGCGGCUCCGCAACCGGACCAACUACCUGGGGCUGCUGGCCGUCAACCAGCGCUUCCAAGACAACGGCCGGGCCCUGCUGCCCUUCGACAACCUGCGUGACGACCCCUGCCUCCUCACCAACCACUCGGCGCGCAUCCCCUGCUUCCUGGCAGGUGACACCCGAUCAACGGAAACCCCCAAACUGGCAGCCAUGCACACUCUCUUUAUGCGAGAGCACAACCGGCUGGCCACCGAGCUGAGACGCCUGAAUCCCCGGUGGACUGGAGACAAGCUGUACAAUGAGGCUCGGAAGAUCGUGGGGGCCAUGGUCCAGAUCAUCACCUACCGAGACUUUCUGCCCCUGGUUCUGGGCAAGGCCCGGGCCAGGAGAACCCUGGGACCCUACGGGGGGUACUGCUCCAAUGUGGACCCACGAGUGGCCAACGUCUUCACCCUGGCCUUCCGCUUUGGCCACACCAUGCUCCAGCCCUUCAUGUUCCGCUUGGACAGACAGUACCGGGCCUCUGCACCCAACUCACACGUCCCACUUAGCUCUGCCUUCUUUGCCAGCUGGCGGAUCGUGUAUGAAGGUGGCAUCGACCCCAUCCUCCGGGGACUCAUGGCCACCCCUGCCAAGCUGAACCGUCAGGAUGCCAUGUUAGUGGAUGAGCUCCGGGACCGUCUGUUUCGGCAAGUGAGGAGGAUCGGGCUGGACCUGGCAGCUAUCAACAUGCAACGAAGCCGGGACCAUGGCCUUCCAGGGUACAAUGCUUGGAGGCGCUUCUGUGGGCUCUCCCAGCCCCGGAAUUUGGCACAGCUUAGCCGGGUGCUGAAAAACCAGGACUUGGCAAGGAAGUUCCUGAAUCUGUAUGGAACACCUGACAACAUUGACAUCUGGAUUGGGGCCAUCGCUGAGCCUCUUUUGCCGGGGGCUCGAGUGGGGCCCCUUCUGGCUUGUCUGUUCGAGAACCAGUUCAGGAGAGCCCGAGACGGAGACAGGUUCUGGUGGCAGAAACAAGGUGUUUUCACCAAAAGACAGCGCGAGGCCCUGAGCAGAAUUUCCUUGUCUCGAAUUAUAUGUGACAAUACCGGUAUCACCAUGGUUUCAAGGGACAUCUUCAGAGCCAACAUCUAUCCCCAGGGCUUUGUGAGCUGCAGCUAUAUCCCCAGGUUGAACCUGUCAGCCUGGCGGGGGAAAUGAGGCUUCUGCAGGAGUCUAUCCCAAGCCUCCAACUUUUGGAGACAAGGAGAAGGGGAGGACCAUGAAGCUGCCUUGUCCCCCUGGAGCAACUGCAGCCUGCUGACGCUUCUGCUGGCUACAGCUCAGAGCUGGGUUCCCCAGCUGGGAGUGAGCCGGGGACUCCUAGCAGCAAUGGACCUUCCCGCCAUGGGAGUCUCUUAGGUAUUAGGUUAUGAAUCAGUGCCACGUGCAAAGGCUUGGGAGCCAAGCUAUGUGGUCUUGCACCCCAGGCAAGAAAAGUCAGCUGGAGGGUUUAUAGCACUUUCUACUGUUUCCCAGCCCUCCCUCCCCUCCCUCACCGUGACUGAGAGACCACUCAGUCCUAGCCUCCAGACACCCCACAGUCCUCCUCUGAGCCUGAGGCUGGGCAGCACGCUCUGCUUCUACCAAUAAAGCACUGCUAAGGCCAGGG